AUGCACACCGCGGCGUACAACAUCUACGCCAGGGAGCUCUUCCCGCGAAGGCAUGGAUACGCACUCUGGCAUCCUGAACACACCAAAUCCGGCGAGGUUCAGAUCGGCGACGUGGGCUACCUCCUCGACGGCGCUUUCUACCGCAUGUUCAACGCUACUCGUUCUGGAGAGCAGACAUACGGUGUACCGGAGGGCCAUGAGCCUUAUGUCUUCAAACAGUUCCUAUUGAACCAGACCAAGGACGUCAUCAAGGCCAGCCUGGUCAGCAAGAGUGUCACAUCAUACGAUAUCAGCGGCAACGCCGGGACGUGCGUUCAGUCACUGCAGGCCGUCGGAGCAGGACUCAAGUUCACCUGCGAGCGCGAGAACGGCGCCUUCGUCGUCGUGAAGCCCUCCGCGGACCGGCUGCAGUUGCACCCCAGCAAGGCCCUUACUCAGUACAUCCGCACACACUUUGACAGCUGGAAGCACUUCGCGUCU